CACGCUGUAAUUAUUAUUCCCUAUGUACAGCUUUAAUAGUCAAUCAGAGAGAUUUUGUUGACCGUUAUAACAUUUGCUUCCAUCACAAGGGUUAAGAUUCUUGUAAAAGUGAGUAGUUUGAGAGAAAAUUCAUUAGAGAAAGCUGUUCCAGUGAUGGGUUUAUGAUAGAAGGAAGAUUUUGAUGGCUGCUUUUAUUAUCUAUUACGAUUCCAUCUGAAAUUUUUCAGACCUAGUGUAGUGGGUUGUUCGAAAGACUAUGGCUUUUUGCUCCAUGUUUUGUUGUGUUAAGAAUUCAGAUCGGAAAAAGCAAGGGAAAAAGGAGACAACAUGGAGGAUUUUUUCUCUGAAAGAACUGCAAUUGGCUACCAACAAUUUUAACUAUGAUAACAAGCUUGGGGAAGGUGCAUUUGGCAGUGUUUAUUGGGGUCAGCUAUGGGAUGGUUCCCAAAUAGCCGUUAAGAGGUUAAAAUCUUGGAGCAACAAAGCAGAGAUGGAAUUUUCCAUAGAAGUCGAGGUACUGGCUCGUGUACGGCACAAGAACUUGCUAACAUUACGUGGCUAUUGUGCAGAAGGGCAAGAGCGUCUGAUUGUGUAUGAUUUCAUGACUAAUCUGAGCUUACUUUCUCAUCUUCACGGGCAACAUUCUGCCGAAUGCCAACUUGAUUGGAAUCGACGGAUGAAAAUUGCUGUUGGAGCUGCUGAGGGCAUUGCCUAUCUACACCACCAUGCGAUCCCACACAUAAUCCAUCGAGACAUUAAAGCUAGCAACGUGUUGCUAGAUGGAGAUUUUCAAGCCCAGGUUGCUGAUUUUGGUUUUGCAAAAUUUAUACCUGAUGGAGCCACACAUGUAACCACUAAAGUUAAAGGUACUUUCGGCUAUCUUGCUCCAGAAUAUGCAAUGUUAGGAAAGGCGUCGGAGAGCUGUGAUGUUUACAGCUUCGGCAUUCUUUUGCUCGAGAUUGCUAGUGGCAAGAAACCUCUGGAGAAGCUCAGUUCAACAAUGAAGCGGGCAAUUACAGAUUGGGCCCUACCCCUGGCAUGCAAGAAAAAAUUGGAUGAACUUGCAGACCCAAGGCUUGAGGGAAAGUAUGUUGAAGAAGAAUUGAAAAGGCUUGUCUUUGUUGGGCUAGUCUGUGCUCAUAACCGACCAGAGAAGAGACCAACUAUGCUGGAAGUUGUUGAAUUACUUAAAGGAGACAACGAAAAGAUUGCCAAUCUGGAAAACGAUGAAUUGUUCAAGACCAUUCCAGCUACAGACUCGGGUGCUGAAGACAGCCCUGAGUUCUUCUCAGAGGAAAAAGAACCAAAAGAAGAAAUUGAACAUGCAAAGUCCUAGCUGCAUAAACUUAAUAAACAGCUAGCCUUGCUUACAGAGAAGUAAUUUUUCCAAGGAAAUACAGGUACAUGAAUGCAAAAUCGUAGCUGCAUAAACUUAAAGGGCAUUGCAUCAAACAUUUUCUCAUAUUUCUUGAUUUAAUCUACAUAUUUGAAGAUUGUGUGAGCAUAAUAAUCACAGAUCUUGGGGUAGGCGUUUUCAGGUAACAUGUACACACUGUAGUGACUUGGGUUGUUUAUCAUGAACAAUUACAACGCUGCCCCCAUUUUUUUUAGGCCGGAUUGUUUAUUUUGUGUGUGGUAAUCAAAACUCUUGCUACUGCAAAUGAUGGAUUGUUGUUUGUUCA